GUGUCUUUCAACACAGAUGAGGCCAGUGUCUCUGUUAAAGAGGUAGGUAAGAGGAUCUUGGGUCUUGGAAACAUGUUUAUCAACAGCCUUAUUUGUUGGCUGGUAAAGAUGGUCAAAACCACUGAUUAUCCCCUUCAUAGUGGCUUGACUGUGUUGUUUCUCAUUGCAAUCUCCUAUUAUAUUAUUGCUCUUACUGACUGUCUGUGUUUCAGUGUAUCGAAGGUAUCAUUGGAGGAAUAGACUACAACCAGAACAAAGUGAACCAAUGGACCGCCAGCAUCGUGGAGCACUCUCUCACCCAGUUGGUCAAACAAGGGAGACCAUUCAAGUUCAUAGGUGUGAUGUUAAGAUAUUUCAACACAACUGAGCUAUGGGAUUAAGAGUCAGUCACAAAUUGGUCACAUCGAAGUAGUGAGAAAACAUAGAUGCACUAAAAGUUGAAGUUGUUAGUAUACCUUAGAAAAAGGUUUAUCUUCUCCACCCUUAACAGGCUGGAUGAUGGGCCCUUUGUGACCAGGAGCAAGGCUCUGUUCGUGACCAGGAGCAAGGCUCUGUGCAUGACAGAAUGCUUACAACAGGAAAUGUAUCACCAACAUUGUCUUUUGUUCCAGUGAACUGUGUCAUCACGCAGAAGAGUGGUGCUGGUCUCCACACCGCCAACUCCUGCUACUGGGACACUGCUACUGAUGGUGAGAGAGAGGAAAACCGAACACAGUACUACUCUACUACUAACUGUACAAACCAUUGAACAGGCAUUUGCUUUGUUGUGCUAAUGAACAGUGUGUCAUCCUUUGGCUAAAUCAGGAGGGUGUAACAUGCAGAACUUUAAGAUAGAAAUCUAUUGAAUUUUACUGACAUGAUUUUCUGUGAUAUUCUGAGAACAGGGGAUUUUUCCCGCUCUGUACAUUGCGUUUCUAUCUGUAUAUGUUUUGAACAUUGCACUACACUCAAGAAGCUGCAUGUGUCGAACUGUAUUUUAUGUGUCUAAAUUAAUUCUGAUGUUGUGUUCCCUUUGAUUGGUUGAGAUCUAGUAGGUUGACCUGAUUGGUCUUUGUGGUGUCCUCCCACAGGAAACUGCACAGUCAGGUGGGAGAACCGCACCAUGUACUGUGUGGCGAGUGUUUUCACUGUGGCCGUAACCUGUUAAUGUGGGACCCUCAAUUUCCCUUCCCAAAACCCCCUGUCUCGCACAGAGCCGAACACAGCCAGGCAUGCACCAGGACCACCAAGCCUUGAAUAUCCUAUGCUGAUUACCCAUUAACAGAAAUGUCUGUUGUACAAAAACACCUCUUAACCCCACACUCACAAACUUUGACCACCCACAAUGGGAAUCAUAGGAUGAUGAUGUGUUGCUAUAUGUGGUGGAUUUAUAGUGUUGUUUAGUGUUGUCUGUGUGUAAAUGUAAAUAUAGACCAAUAGUUAGAGAGAGAUAUGCUCAGUAUGGAUUUAGGAAAUGGCACUACCCAUACUGCUAAACGUUCU